GUUCCUCCCUUUGGCCGGCCCAGUACAGAUGCAACCAGCUCACUCGCAUAGGCUCAGAAUUAUCAUAGCCGCCAGCCCAAGUCCAAAGAAAUAGAGAGAAAGAACCGAAGGAUUGGACGGACGACCGAGCGACGACGCCUCUUUUGCCGCCAGCCGGCCACCGCGCCCCGCCUCCAAGACCACGACUGAAGUGCCUGACGCAGACUACGCAAUCAGGCGGCUCAGUGCCUGACCGAGUCACCGCCCACCGGUCACGGACUCACGGCCCUUUGCCCCUCACUGCCUCGGACCUCGGUAGUCAAUGGAGGCUUUGGGCAGAUGAUAGCAAAAUAAGGCCUCUUGUUUAAUUCUGAACAGGGCCUCUAAUUUGUCAGAGCCGGCCCUGUUCCUCCCACUCCGGUCCAUCAGCUGCCUUGACGCCUGGUCGACGAAGUGGAUAAACUGGGAGGAGGGCAGACAGUCCGUUGCACAAUACGGGUCAAACAGAGUGAACGGCAACACUUGAGUUCAUGCUCUGUGGGUAGAUUGGGAGAAUACUAUAAAUGCUGAAAAAGAAUCUGAGCUUGCAUUGCGCUGAAGAACCCAUCCAAAGAGCAAAGAUUGUGCGAGACAUUACCCAAUUUACACUUUGUUUGAGCUGGAAAUACAAUUUUGGAGACCUAGGAUUUGUGUGUGGAUCAUGUUAACAUUUUGAAGAUCUGUGCUAGUGUUUUAACAAGUUGGGGGCAAACUACACCAAAAGUGGAUAAUGGUGGUCGCUUCUGGAGGCAAUCCAUUUGUCAAAGAAAUGGCCAUACGUAAACGCAUUGGCAAUAUAUAUAAUAAAAGAGAAGAGGAUUUUCCUUCAUUACGGGAUUACAAUGAUUAUUUGGAAGAAGUAGAGAAUAUGGUAUGUGAUUUGAUUGAAGGAAUAGAUGUUCCUGCUAUUGAGGCAAAGAUUUCUCAAUACCAAAAAGAAAAUGCUGAACAAAUCAUGAUUUCUCAAGCUCGCAAGGCUGAGGAGUUGGCAGCAGCCUUAAGUAAGGGACCUUCCCGACAUGAUGGUGAUACAGCAGCAACCCAAAGUUCUCAAGCUGGGCCUAGUACUGUGCCACAUGGACAAUAUGCACCGGCAAUUGCUAUUGGCCAGCCACGCCCAACACAGCCUGUCCCAAUUGCGGCUGCUCAUGAUGUGUAUGGCUUUGAGGUUGAAGAUGAAGAGAAACUGAGAGAACGAACUGAAAGAGCUGCAAGGGCUGGUGGAUGGAGCGUCGAAAUAAGCAGGAAAAGGGCCCUUGAAGAAGCUUUCUCAACCCUAUGGGUCUGAAUCUCUGCAAGUUUCUCUGUGCAGCCUUUCUGCUGAAGAAUACAGUUGAGUGUGUAAAAUGGAGUGUUAUUUACGCUGGAUCUCUAAUUUGCUAAUUGUGUUUGGGAUAUUUGCAAAAAAAAAAAAAAACUUCCACAGUUAUAUUUUCAUACCUCCCACCGGCACCCACUGAAAGGACCCGAUAGAUUUAUAACAAAAGUUGGUAGCAUCUGACUUAUCUAUGACUACGUAUUUAAAAAGUCUAAAAGACUAGUUAUGUACUUCGUUCGAUAACUUUUUUCAGAAGUCCAUUUCUUUU